ACGUCUCUUUGUAAUUUGUCAUAUCAUCUUUAGUUUCAUAAAUAUUGUUAUUGUACAAUUCUUUUAAUUCCAGACAUUAUUCAGCAGUAUUGCCAAAAACCUUAAGUACAUUCUUUAACGGAAGGAGUUCAAAUUUUACUGGCAAAAUGUCCAUUCUAGCUUACAAUGGUGGUGCAAUGGUGGCGAUGAAGGGAGAAAACUGCGUAGCCAUUGCAGCAGAUAGGCGGUUUGGUAUUCAAGCCCAAACAGUAGCUACAAAUUUUCAAAAAAUCUUUGAAAUGGGACCGCAUUUAUAUGUAGGUCUUCCAGGAUUAGCGACAGAUACCCAAACAGUUAUGGAAAAACUCCGUUUCCGAAAAAACUUGUAUGAACUUAAGGAAAAUCGAAAAAUAUCUCCAAAAGUAUUUGCAUCUAUGAUAUCAAAUAUGUUGUAUGAAAAAAGAUUUGGGCCAUUUUUUGUGGAACCUGUGGUAGCUGGACUUCUACCUGAUACUUAUGAACCUUUUAUCUGUAAUAUGGAUUUAAUUGGUUGUAUAAACCAACCUUCAGACUUUGUUGUUGGUGGAACAGCCUCAGCACAGUUGUAUGGUAUGUGUGAAGCACUUUGGGAACCUAACCUAGGACCUGAAGAUCUCUUUGAAACAAUCUCUCAAGCCCUUAUUAAUGCCUUUGACAGAGAUGCCAUUUCGGGUUGGGGAGCUACAGUGUACAUCAUAGAAAAAGAUAAGGUGACUGUAAAAAAUUUGAAGACACGUAUGGACUAGUUGAUUAUUGUAUCUUUUUCAUUUAUAUUUAAUUGAUAAAAUAAACUAUUUGAUAAGAUG